CAGAAACCAUCACUCCAUCAUUGAGUGGUAGCUUUUCCUGGUGGUCUUUGCCAGCCAAGCAUCGCCGUUGUUCUGAUCCGACUCAGGAUUCGUUGCCUUUUCGGGAAACCUCCCAACUCCAGAGGCGCCCAAAUUGCAGCGUCGUGCUCACUUUGAAUUUUUCUCAGGCUUCCGCUGCCGCCCAUCAACAACCCCCAUCGACCGGUCAUCAUGUCUCGCAACGGGACCACCCUCUACGUGACCGGCUUCAGCCACGGCACUCGCGCGCGCGACCUCGCGUACGAAUUCGAGCGCUAUGGCCGGCUGGUCCGCUGUGAUAUUCCGGCUCCGCGGUCCGCCAGCAGCAGGCUGUUUGCUUUCGUGGAAUACGAAGAUCGCCGCGAUGCGGACGACGCGUACCAUGAGAUGCACAACAAGCGCAUUGGCCGCGACGACAUCCUGAAGAUCGAGUGGGCCCGCACUCCCCCGUCGGCUUCGUGGCGGUUCGACCGCAGCGAGCGUGACCGGCGCCGGUCCCCUCCGCGCCGCCGGUCUCCUAGCCCGCGCCGCCGCGACUACUCGCCUCGGAAGGAUGAUCGUCGCGACCGCGACCGCGACCGCGACCGCGACUAUGACCGUGAUCGCCGCGACACCCGCGACCGCUCACGCAGCCCUGACCGCGACCGGGACCGUGACCUCAAGGACGACCGUGACCGUGACCGUGAUCGCGACGAUCGCGACCGCCGUGAAAAUGGCGCCAACGGAGACGAUAGAAAGCCCAUCGACAGCCCUGACCGACCGGCUCAUGACGACCUCGACGUCGCCGAGUGAACGCAUCCUGUUUGGGAUAUCUCGGCUUGACCGCGACUGCUUCAGGGUUGUGGCUGUAAGACUUUGACUGAUGCACUUGGCGUUCUCUUCCCUCCUCUGGUGGAUUACUGAUGUUGGGCGUCUUUUUGGCGUUCAACCUUUCCAAGCUUGUCAAUCUCGUUUCCGAUCUCGAGGCGUCCGAAACUCCAAACCACGUUUCCAAGCUGGAUGGACCUCGCCCAUGGUUUUUCCAGGAUUUAUAAUGUACAAGAACACUUGCGCCGGCAAACACACGAGACAGCGGAACGUAAACUUUGUCCUGCGAUCGUUUCGUUUUCCUUGCUCUAUGGUGGGCUCAGUGGAACACUAGAAUAGAUAAAAACUCUUGAUAGGUAGCAAAUGCAGGUUGGUUUCUGAG